AUGGCAUACGAGCUCGCCGAUGAUACCGUGAGGCUCGACGGGCCCUUAUACGGUCUCCUGCCGCCAGACUACGUUGGCCCGAUUUUCCACGACACGAGCGUUCUCGGCAUCGGCCUACAAGUCCAGUCCUCGCAAUCAGCAUCAUCUGACGUCAAUCUUCUCAAAAUCAGAGCGCUAUGGAACGCACGACUCCCAAUACACAAACUUCCUCCCGAGCUUCUUGUCGAUAUACUCUCGCGCCAACCCACAUAUGCACGCCCCGGACCUGUCUUCACGAGCAACAAAGCAGAUUGGUUUCGACUCACGCUGGUCUGCCGACGCUGGCGUGCCGUAGUCAAAGCGAAUCCCUGCUUCUGGCGUUCAAUCAACGUCGGUAAAGACAUUCGAUGGCUGACUACGGCCAUGUCUCGCUCCGGGGCGGCCAGGCUGCAUCUCAACUUCUCCAUGACCACGGCAAUCAUCUCUGCUCUACCUGAACUGCUCGAUAGGCGCCACCAAAUCGGACAUCUGCGCCUCAGCUGUUUCGACGCACUGAAGUUGCGAAUGCUUGAGCCGCUUGUAUGUGGACCGUUUCCUUCCCUGACACAACUGGAGAUCUGCGUGGACACGUGGGGAAGAAUGUACAACCAAGGCCAGGAGCCCCCCGCGGAUCGUGCUACCUUCAGGUUCAAGCCGGAGGACUGCCCCGAGCUUACCAAGCUGUCCCUGCGAGACGUCUCCAUCCCGUGGUCCAUUUCCUUGCUGGCGCACCUCCGCUCGCUGGACCUCCGCGGAUGUAUGGCCUACUCUUCCACCAUGUCCGUCGCCGCAUUUCUAGACGUCCUGAGAUGCGCCCAGGACUUAGAAGAUCUCACCUUGCACGAUCUGCUCCCAGCGGUAUGCUCGAGCCGUCCCGGCCCUUCGGAGCGGCUCCGCGCGGUCACCCUUCCUCGUCUUCGCCAGGCCGACCUCGCAGACAACGUCACAUGGAUUUCCUUGUUCAUCGGCCAUCUCCAGCUUCCGUCACAGGGCAGCAUCUGUUUCUCUGGCUUCGUCGAUAAGAAAGAUCUCGAGGAUCCCUUCCUCACCUAUCGAUCUAUGCUCCCGCGCGACAUCGACACCUUCGCUUUCCUCCACUCUACCACCAGCGCGCGCCUCCACAUCACGGACGGCAUGUACUCCAUUACCUGUAAGGGCGCUGCAGGCCCGACGGUCAUACUUUCUCUCCUUGCACGCUCCUUUCACGUCGAGUGGACACAGUCCGUGGACGCCGGCGUCGCGCACUUCGUGCACCUCCUCCGCGACGCGCCCCUCACGGAGCUCGACCUCGUGUUCGACCUCGAGAACUUGGAGAUGAACGUUUUCGACGCGCUCCUCGACACGUUCCCGCAGGUGCAGGAGCUCCGGCUGCGGAGCACCACGAUCGAGGACGCAGACGUCUUCCCACAGUGUCUCUGCGAGUCGCUCGGCUCACACAACCCGGCACAACUCGAGGGCGCAGUUCGCGUCCGCGCACCGAAACUCAGAGCUCUUCGCAUAGAGCAACAGGGACACAGCGGCGGCUUGUUCAUGGAUGAUCUCGCUUGGUGUGUCUCGACUCGGGCGGAAGAAGGGGCGCCAAGGCUGGAGCUGCUAGCGGUCACUUUGCGUCGCUCAACGGCGUUCGAUUAUCGCGAGUUUGAUGCCCACUACGGAGCGUUACUUGUGCCCGCGGUCGAUACCUACGAGUUCGUGGACAAGGAAUGGUGAUUUAGAUGUUAGAAAAUCCCUAUUGGUUAUGGACUGCUCGUAUGGUGUGCUGAGUUCAUGUAUAGCAGGCAUUUACCGAUAUUGCUGAUCCUCCUUCCAUCAUCUACUCACGAAGAGUGUUGACAAAUUCGUGUCGUAAAGUUGGGCUAUGCGUGCGCAAUGAGCAUGGGCGUCGCUGCAAAAAUGCUUCGCUACUCACAAUC